GUGAACUUCGAGUCUUCGACAUUUCAACGGUGAACUUCGAAUCUUCGACAUUUCAACGGUGAAUCAUUACUGUUUGAGAGCCAUGCCUUACAAGUUAAGAACAAGAUUAGUAAGGACUCCUGAGCGUCCGUCCUCCAGUAGAAAUCUGGUUUGUCAGACAGUAGAUCCCAUCCAGGACAUUUCAACGGUGAACCAUUACCGUUUGAGAGCCAUGCCUUACAAUUUAAGAACAAGAUUAGUAAGGACUCCUGAGCGUCCGUCCUCCAGUAGAAAUCUGGUCUGUCAGACAGUAGAUCCCAUCCAGGACAUGCUGGACAACAGGUCAGGUGGAAACCAGAGGGCCACCAAGAGAAAGUCUGACGAGAGCCAUGAAAGAGCCAUCAAGACUAGCAGGACAAGUCAAUGUCCCUCCGAGGGCUUCAGACCGUCAUUCAGCAGAGGAAACUUUAACUCCGCUGAGGAUGCUGGGACAUCGACACCCGCCUGCGCCAGCAUUAGCUCCAAAUCUGAGGAGAAGAAGGGCAGGAAGAGGAGGUUCGAGGACACAGAAGCAUACGGGAAGAGGAAAAGAACGUUCAUGAGUCCCAAUGAGGGCACCAGCUACCAGGCCACCACUGAGACCAUCCCUGAGGCCAUCCCUGAGACCAUCCCUGACGCCAUCCCUGAGGCCACCCCUGAAACCUCCUUCAGGUCCGGAUCUGAUACCUUCAUCAGCACCAACUCUGAGGAGAAGAAGGGCAGGAAGAGGAAGUCUGAGGACACAGGAGAAUACGGGAAGAGGAGAAAAACGCCCCUCAGUUCCGGUACGGACACCAGCUACCAGGGCACCAAUGAUACCACCACUGAGUCCACCCCUGAGACCAUCCCUGAGACCACCUCCAGUGAUGAAUUUGACACCUCCUCCACACAAAACAGCAGAGGUGAGUAGAGAUAGAAA